UGAUGCUGAAAUUACUAUGACAAUAGAACAAUCAGAAGAUUAUUUGACAGAAGAUGGAUGUUGUAUAUUAUUAUUAGAAAUAAUGUUUAUAAGAAAUGAUGAAAUUGAAAAAAUUAAAAUGGGAAUUUUUCAGUGGUAUGAUUAUGCAGCAAAUGUUAGUAAAGUAUUUUCUGAUCAAAAUGAAGUUGAGGAUGAAAGGCUGCCCAUAUUUGAAAUUGUUAAAGA